GAAGGAAGCGCGGGCACUACAAUUCCCAGAAUGCCUUUGGCUCCCAAGCGAGCCUUGCUUUAUCGACGCUGUCAGGAACCGCUGGCGAGGCCCAGAGAAGAGGAAGAACGGCAAGAUGGCGCUGACCAGGUUGGUUGAGGGCCUGAAGCGGUACCCUGCGAGGCGGUGGGAACAGAUUCCCCUCUCUUUUCCGGAGCUCGUUUUCUUUUGAACCGGAGUCCCAGGUUUUUGUUUAUGGUAGUCGGUUGUGAGGAGGUUACGAUGGCGGCGCAGUUUCGCCAGUGAGGCCUGGACCGAUCCGGGCAUUUUCCUGAGAGGUUGAUCCGAAGGCCUCGCUGUUUUCGUGGUGGUGGGGAGGCCUCUCUCCCUCCGGCAUGUCUAGUAACGGCAACGGAAUUUCGGUUUCGCCGGUGGUGGUGGUGGGUUCCCAUCCACUGCUGGUGCGAAUAGACCGCGAUGGGGGCGGGGCGAUGAUCCGGGUUGACGGAUACGGGUACACUGAUUCAGACGUGCUCUCGCUGUCGGCCGCACCUGGGCAAGGAUUUAACCUCAGCCUGGAAGCUGUUUUUGUACCCCGCUCGGUUUUCAUACGGGAUGUCCUGUUGUGUUGGGAAAGGGCUUCUUCGCAUGUUUUAUGUCCAAGCGGGAUUUUCACACGUUACGUUCAAUUAGCGUACAAUCUAUACGCAGAAUUUGAGCUGUGCACUUGUAGCGUUAUUCACACGCUACGACAGUUGAGCUCUACAGAACGCACGUGCUCAUUUGUAGAGACUGUUUGUACCUCUAUUCAGUGUAACGUGUGAACAAGGCUUUGGGGACUGUGGCAUGAAGUGGGCUGUAGCUCCGUAGUAGAACACUUGCUUCGCAUGGAGAAGGUUCUAGAUUGAGUCAUUGGCUGCUCCAGGUAGGGCUGGGAAAUACUUACACCUAAAAUCUUCUGCCAGUUAACAUAUGCAAUACUGAGCUAGAUGGACCAUUGCAGUUUGUGUUGCCUCAAACAAAAUGUUUCUCAGCAUGUUCUGUUUACAUCUUCAGUUGCAGCUUAUCAGGAGUAGUCAAUUGAUGCAGUGCAUGUAUGAAAUAAGCAAGACAGUGUGAAAGCCAUGUUUACAUUUUCAUGUGCCGUUGUUACAUGUUAAUCACAUGUAUGCACGGUGAAAAUACUUAACAUACAGUGGUACCUCAGGUUACAGACGCUUCAGGUUACAUACACUUCAGGUUACAGACUCCGCUAACCCAGAAAUAGUACCUCGGGUUAAGAACUUUGCUUCAGGAUGAGAACAAAAAUCACGCGGCGGCAGCAGGAGGCCCCAUUAGCUAAAGUGGUGCUUCAGGUUAAGAACAAUUUCAGGUUAAGAACGGACCUCGAGAACAAAUUAAGUUCUUAACCCAAGGUACCACUGUAUUCAGCUUUGUCAAACCAUGUGCAGGCUUCAGGAUUUUUUCUGACAUCAGAAGAUCAUAUGUGGAGUUAUCUUGGAUGUGAUUUGAUUAAUCCUGAGUUAUACAUUCCCAAAUUUAUUUGUUUUCCUAUUUAUGCAUACCAGCUCAGUUGCUUAGACUUAGCAUGCUGCCUAUAAUGCCAAGGUUGCAACUUUGAUCCCCAUAUGGGACAGCUGCAUAUUCCUGCAUUGCAGGGGGUUGGACUAGAUGAUCGUUAGGAUCCCUUCCAAUUCUACAAUUCUAAGAUUCUAUGAAAUACUAGAACUCAUGGGCAUCCAAUGAAGACUUUGGGGAAGGCUUUGCCUCAUCAUGCUGCAACAGCAAACUGAAGGACCAUAAGUGUGAACGUGGUGUUAAGUGUUUUGAUAUUGAAAGGCUAGAACCUUGCCGCCCAAGGGUCACAGAUUAAGUAGGUAAAUAAAUAUGGGGAAGGCAAAGUGUUUCUUAGAGAAAGAUCUGAAAUAUUUUCCUUGAAGCUUGAAUUUGUUUUAUUCUGGAUUGUAUUAUUUGAUGUUUUAAUGUGUUGCUAACUACUUGGAGAUUUUUUUUCUUUAAAAUAUAAAUCGGUAUAGAAAUUAAAUUAAUAAUAAUAAUAAAUUUCUUUUUUAAAAAAAUAAUAUUUAUUGCUUUUAGAAGUUACAAAAAAGUAGAAAAAAGAGAGAAAAAACACAAAAAAGGAAAAAAGGAAAGAGAAAAACAAUACAAUGUAUAAACAAUACAAACCCACCCUAAGCCCAUUAAACUAAACACAUGAACAAAGCAAGACAAAAACAAUUUAAAAGCAUCUCUCCUUUUCCAUACUCUAUCCUUCAUUCCCUUGUUUCCUCGACUUCCUCACACCUCCCUUCUUGUAUCCCGCUUCUAGUACUUGUUUCAGCAAAUCCUUUCCAUCUUUUCUAUUUUCUGUCAUAUUAAGAAUAACAUAUUCUUUAACCUUAUUUCCCAUUAACGGUUGAUUACUUAUAUGGACCCAACUUCUUAUAGUAUUUCUGCUAAGUCCAUAAAAUAUCAUUCCACCGUUUUUCUGACAGUCAUUACUUUAACAAAGUUUCUAAAUAAACACUUUAAAUUUUCCAUUAAUCUUCCACUAUCUCCUCGCCCUGGCUUCGGAUUCUGCCAGUCCUUUCCGUCAGUUCCAUAUAAUCCAUCAACCUGGUGUCCUAAUAUCCGAGGCUCUUAAAUCUCUUCCAAGUCCCUUCUGCAGGUCUUCUUCAUGUUCUUUGAUGCUCAGGAGCAAGUCUCGGGAAAACUCCAGCCUAGCAAUAUUUUUGUUCCUUCUGGACAGUUCAGCCAAAUUUCCAAAGUUAAAAGUAAAGUCCAUAAAGUGUUUCAGAACGUAUUUCAGGAUUCCUCCAAUUCUAGCGACCCCCAAAACUUCAAACUCCUCCAAGCCCAAGUCCAUGUCCCAAAAGUCAGUCAAUCCCUGGAUAGAGGGUUCUUUCCAACUUUCCUUCUUCAAUCCAAGCCAGGAUCCUGUCCUCGAAAUUUGACUUUUGCUAGAUUCAGUCAUGAAAGACCUCAAUUUAUAAUCCUCAAUCUGCUUCUGAGAAAUUAAGGAUCCCGCUUGUACUACUUUUAGUUUUUCAUCAUCAGCUUUCUCCUUUUCCUCCACCAUUUGUCCAACCAAGAUAUGUUCCUGUACCCAAUCCUGAGUUGUUUCUGUAUUAGCACUCACUUUUUGAUUCAAAUUAAUCACGUUCUGUUCCAAGUUGUCAAUUUUAGAGAUCGUGUCAUCUGUCUUUUUAUGAAGCUGUUCCAGCACGUGAUUUAUCUUGUAUAAUACAGUCACAAUGGCUUCUCCUAUCAACAUUUUGAAUGAUCCAAGGUCAGACUCUAUUUUUCAGAAUCUUAUCUUGCAGCUGGAGCUCUCCCUAAUGCACUCCUGUAACAGUUUCACAUGCUCCCUCUAGAGGGAAACAGUCUCCGUUUGUAUCAAUUCUUUCAAACACAACUCAAGCAAGUAACAAUAGUUUCAAUUUUCGGUUACUUUUUCCUCCAUUUUUAAACGCAGAAAAGGACAAUGGAGACAGUACCUUUCUUAUUUUAGCUAGCUGUCAAAUCCGUUCUGUCAAUAAACAUUCCCCGAACAUCAUCUGGCAGCCCUUUUCCAGGUUCAGAGCAGUGGCAAUUUAAUUUUGACUCUCUUCUGCAGGCACACUAAAUCCAAAACUUCCCCUCUCUUCUCCUGCUUCCAAGAGGGGUUAUAUAUUCUUGUCCUGUAGAAAUUUAAUCCUUUAUCAAAAGCUUUCAAAGACUUUAGCUUGUAACGUCUUUGCUUCAAUCUAUUUACAAAACGGGAGGCGGACUUCCUGUUUAGAACCUUCCCGCUUUCGGUUCCUAAUUAAGAAAUUUCAUAGUCCAAUUUUCCGUUCUACUCACGGGUAGUCGUUUAAAAUCCAAUUGUCCACAGGAAAAAGUCUGCGCUCUCCGACAACAGCAAUGCGGCUUCACUCCGUGAAAGAAGCGGUCGAUUCAAAGCACCGCGCCGCUCACCCCACGUCGCUCCGGAUCCCCAAAACAGGGUUUCCCCGCAAGUAGGGGGGGGCGCAAAUGGUGCCAGCCGAAUCCCAGGUUCACAGGCUUCUCCCGCCUGUGAUUUCUGUGGGUCUCCGCCUAAUAAUAAUAAAUUUCAUUGAGGGGGAAAUUGCACCUAGACAUUCUGUUUUGGCAACCAUAACCUAAGUUUAAGGUGCCAUUUGGGGGUUAGCUUAUAUACAGUGGUACCUCAGGUUACAUGCGCUUCAGGUUACAUACGCUUCAGGUUACAGACUCCACUCACCCAGAAAUAGUGCUUCAGGUUAAGAACUUUGCUUCAGGAUGAGAACAGAAAUCGUGCUCCGGCGGCGCAGCAGCAGCAGGAGGCCCCAUUAGCCAAAGUGGUGCUUCAGGUUAAGAACAGUUUGAGGUUAAGUACGGAUCUCCGGAACGAAUUAAGUACUUAACCUGAGGUACCACUGUUUCUAACAUGGUAUUUUAUUGAUGAUAGUGGGUUGUAUCCAAUACUCCACACAUGUCAUUCUGGCACAAUGGGACUUGUUAAGUUUCCUCUUCCUCCCCAGCACCCCACCCAUCUGCUUUGAACUCUCCCCUAAUCCUCAAGAGCUGAUUUUGAGGGCAUGGGCUCGGUCCCCGCUCCUGCCAACCUAGCAGUUCGAAAGCACGUCAAAGUGCAAGUACAGUGGUACCUCGGGUUACAGACACUUCGGGUUAUGCAUUUUCAGGUUACGGAUGCUCUGAAACCUGGAACGGGUUACUUCCAGGCUUAGGCGCUCACACAUGCACAGAAGCUCUAAAUCGUGCUGUGCGCAGAAGCGCUGAAUCGCGUCACGCUUGCGCGCAGACACGGCACUUGCGAACGUGCCUCCUGCACAGAUCACGUUCGCAACCUGAGGUUCUACUGUAAAUAAAUAGGUACUGCUCCGGCGGGAAGGUAAAUGGCGUUUCUGUGUGCUGCUCUGGUUCGCCAGAAGCAGCUUAGUCAUGCUGGCCACAUGACCCGGAAGCUGUAUGCCGGCUCCCUCGGCCAGUAAAGCGAGAUGAGCACCACAACUCCAGAGUCGUUCGCGACUGGAUGUAAUGGUCUGGGGUCCCUUUACCUUUACCUUUAGAGGCUGGAGGGGACAGGCAAGGGAAAUAAAGUUAUUUUGCACACAUGAAAAUCUGUUGUGCCAGUGGAGCUGCAAUGUUGGAUACAGCCCACCGUCUUUUCUGUCUAGUUGGAGUAAUGCUCAGAUAUACUAUGCUUUAAACCAAAUGUUUAUUGUAACAUCAGCAUUGCAAACCAGUGGAAAGGAAGAAUGACUUUGUCACAAGAGCUCAGUAUGGACUCUACCUAAACCACUUUGGAUUUUGUAUCAGAACUGUAGCAGCAGGAACCUGAAAUUUAGGAAGGAAAAGAGUUUUUUAGAGGCAAAUUAGAGGAAAUCAAUCAAAAGCGCAGAACUGCAGUUUCUUUGUAAAACAGUUUAAUGAAAUAAGAACAAUAUUUCAUGUGUUGUCUAAUGUGUACAGAUAUAGUCCAAAUAUUAAGUUCCUUCUUUCUGUUUGCUUAGUUUUUUGCCAGCACCAACUCAGCUAUCUCAAGACCAGCUGGAAUUAGAAGAGAGGGCAAGAUCUCAAAGGGUGAGACAGACUGCAUUGGUGUCAUCACGAAGGGAGCCACCCCCUUACGGUUAUCGGAAAGGAUGGAUACCACGAAUGUUGGAGGUAAAGAGUGGUGUGCACAGUUGUUGACAUGAAUAAUUAUUUUAGUUACUUUAGAGAAGUGAGAUCUUGGCUUUUGAAUGUAAGGGCCUAUAAUAUGUCUAGUUCUGUAACUCUGCUGCUUACAUAGAUACCCAUCCUAAUAUCUAGUUCAGUGGUGAGAAACUUGGGGCCUGCCAGAUGUUGAAUUACAUCACUUCUGACCAUUGCUUAUGCUGCCUGAGGCUGAUGGGAUUUGGAGUGUGACAACAUCUGCAGAGCCAAAGGUUUACUGUUCCUGAACUUUGUUGUAUAUUUUGUUGUUUCUUCAGCUUGUAAACCGCCUUGUGUAUAGUAAUAUAAAAAGGCAGUAUACAAAUUAAAAGUGAAAUGAAAUGAAAAUCCUAGCCUUUGCUGUUAGUUUUUGAUUGACUAGUCUAGUACUAACAAUACCUUUUUGUUUCUUUUGCACAUUUUGUAAUCAUUUCCAAUUUAUUUUACUGUAUAGGAUUUUGGAGAUGGAGGUGCUUUCCCAGAAAUUCAUGUUGCCCAAUAUCCACUGGAUAUGGGCCGAAAAAAGAAAAUGUCCAAUGCAUUAGCUGUUCAAGUGGAUGCAGAAGGAAAAAUAAAAUACGAUGCUAUAGCUCGGCAGGGACAGUCAAAAGACAAGGUAAUAGACUUCCCAGAUGCUUGUAUAUAGAUAUAGUUUUAUUGUUUAUGGAUAUUGUUUUAUUUUACUUGGCUUACUAAUUCUAAAGCAACCUGGAAAAGUUUUGUUAUGAAUUCUAGAUGAGCUUCCCACAAGUCCAACAGUACAGUGGCAGAACAUGAGAUUUAUAUCUUAAAAGUAUAACAUGUGAAGACACUUUUCUGAAUUGCUACACUCUUAAGAAAUAAUACAGGAACACAUUUCAUAGCAUCUGCCUAUUAUAAGGAUGUGAGUCUUUAUGUGGUCACAUAGUCAACAUCACUGAGGCCUAGUCUCCAUAUGCAGCAAAAUUAUGUAAUAGAAUGGACUGUACCACUUCAGGCUGCAGGGCAGCAUUCAAAAGCACAACCUUCCAUCCUCAGUUUGAAGUACUACAGCCAGUUCUACCAUCUUCGAAUAUUUCCACCUCAUUCUGCUACAUAUAUACAUCCAGGACCUAGAGUAUUGUCCUUAAGCAGGCAUCCCCAAACUCGGCUCUCCAGCUGUUUUGGGACUACAAUUCCCAUUAUCCCUGACCACUGGUCCUAUUAGCUACGGAUGAUGGGAGUUGUAGUCAGCUGGAGGGCCGAGUUUGGGGGUGCCUGCCCUUAAGUGACUAUGGAGUAGGUGAUUUGGCUAUUCUCACAGUUAGUUGCUGAGGGUGUUGGUGCUCACUCCACUACUAUGGUUGCCUACCCAGUCUAUAUGUCAUGUUUCUGGGACCAAGGAAAGUAGAGAUUGGGGAAUCUACUUAGCUUCACGCAAGAAUGGGAAGCCAAACAAUGGGAUAGAUGCUUGAGCACUACUUUCCUUGGUUGCAGGAACUGAAGGACGGCGAAGGUGGAGAUAGUUAUAUUGUCACCAUAUUAGUCUAUGAACACACCAAUUGUUCUGCCUUAAAGAUCCAGUAGCCUUUAAAGUGAAAGGGAGACAAAACUGCACAUACAGCUAAAUAUGAAAGUGACCACACCAGCACUGUCUCUUCGGUUAUGCAGCUCGGCUUCUCCUUUAAAGAGCAAAUUGCCUUUUGAGGCUAGAACACACCAUGCAUACUCUACAUGGAUACUUACCUGGCUCACUCUUUACCCAGCCAAGGUGAAUGGCAAAGCCUCUUCUCAGUGCAUUCUUAUUAACCAAAUAGGGAAUUGAGCCUGUCUUAAUUACUGUGAGCUUUAGAAGUGAGUGUGAGACUAUGAUGAAUCUGUGUUAAUUAUUUUGAAGUAAAUGAUGUUUGUGGCAUGUGAAGUGGAAAUGUGUUUCUACCUAGUGUUCCUAAUAGUUCCUCAGAGUGUGAUCGUCCCCACACAGACAUAUUCUGUUUUUCCUUCAGUAGUGUGGGCUAUUUCUCCAGGAUUAAGGGAAGAGACUGUGUACCCAAUGCUCAGCCUCCAUGCAUAUAAAUGCUAAAGAUGUGGAAAAGAGAGGGUGAAGAGCAUUUUGAAUAACCUCCAUCAUGUAGCCUUGAGUUGGGAAAGAACCAGAGUCAUGUGGGUCUGUCCUCCCAGUAGGCAGGACUCACCUUACUGCUUUGAGGAAACGUUUGUUCUCCAUACAUGAAUGGUAAUUGCAAGCCUGUUAUUACCAGUAAGGCUACCACAUUGUACUCGGUUUACUAUCAUUUUCUCAUAAACAGUGGAUAAUGAAUCAUGGCUUUAUCAUAUUCAGAGCUUACUCAUUUUAAUGUGGAUAGAACAUCAUCUUCUUUCAUUCUCUGGGAUAUUUUGAGCUCUUAAAGUGAGCUUGGGGGUUUUAUAGUUAAUUACCAUGAAGAAAUAUUGCUCUUCAAAUGUCCUUCAUUUGGCUUUGUGAGAUGUGUUUCCAUUGAUACUCAUUUAAAGGGUUGUUAAUUCUGGAAUACUUGGAUGAGAAUUGGAAAAUCGUUCCUGUGCUAAAUUAUUAGUUGAGCUACAGGUCUGUUUUUAUAGUUAGGCAAAUACCAUAAAAGAUGGAGAGGUGCUGCUUAGAGCAAUCUCUUUUGGGGUGAAUACUUGCCUCCUUGAGUAAUGUUGAGCAAUUAGGCUCAAUUUAUGGAUAUAUAGAACAACUUAAUUCCUGGUUUGCUAGGACUUAGUUCUCUAUUUCUUUAUUUUUUACCAUCAUCUUUUCUUGUAUAUGUUGUGUUUUGGAUAUUAGAGUUUAAUACAUUUUCUAGCUUUCACAGUUGUGUAAUUGUACACAUGCUUUGAGAAAACUGUGUGGUAUUACUGCCUCCCCCAUAGGCAAAAGAUUAAGCAAUCACAAAAGUAUGUCACAGUAGCUUGAGAGAAAUUACCUGGUAGCACCACAAAAAAGAACACGUGUUACCAUUUCUCUUGGCUCCUGGCAUAGUCUAUAGUAAAUGGUAUAUAGGUUUAGUUUAGUAGACACCUUUAUACAUGCAUCCUGCUGCAACAUAAUUGCCUUAUCCCAUUUCUAGAUGGCAAAGGGGCACUAGUUCUUGAACCUGAAGAACAUUGCCCAGAAACUCUUAAAACGUUACCUUAUUCUUUAAAGAAGAAAGCUGCCACAAAAAUGCAGUGAUGUUAAUAGCAAAUGCAGUACACGCAGCAACCAUUUUAGGCGUGUCUGGUAUGUGUGCAACCUCACACACGUGCAUUGUGCCAAACCCGGAUGUGACCUGAAAAUCUCUCAAAAGUGGGCGGGGUGGGGUGGAACAGGGUGUUUGCAGGCUUUUUCAAUGGGUGUUCAAAUUAUAUGCAAUUUCAUGCAACCCCCUCACAAACAGGGAGUUGCCUAUAAAAUCAACUUCUCACAAAUAAGCCCUCAAUAAUUCAAGCUUAUUGACACAAAUGUGUUUCACUUGUUCUGGUCUCAAAAAUUAAUAAAUGUGACAGCUUUGCAAAGCACUCUGUCUGCUUUUUCUUAACCAAUCAAACUCCAUAAUGCUUGCAAUUUGUGCGACUUUUAAAGUUUCAGACAGCCAUUGCACCAGAGGAUGAGCUAUUUCCUUGCAAUUAUUUUAUUUAUCUUUUACCUUCUGUUUUUAUGUUUUGUAUUUUAACGUUAGCCACCUUGAGUACCAUUUGUUGGAAAGGACAUAAGCAAAAUAUCCCAGUAGCUCCAAACAGGGUAUGAAAGAAUUCCAGGUUUUUAAUCAACUCAACUUUGAUUCUAUGGUCAUGAUAAAAAGGCUUCCGAUUUGGAAUUCUAAAUAUAUUCUUAGUGUUUGGCCCUUAUCUGGACAAUUCUAUUUUGGAAAGCUAAUCUAGUUUUUUGUUGUUGUUUUUUUAAUUUAAAAAAGCUCCAUAAAUGAGGAGGGAAACGAAGCUCCAUGAGUAUGCAAGAUUUUUUGUUCAUUUACAGUAUUCCCUUUUCAUAAUGCUGUUUUCAAUGUUUCAGGUCAUUUACAGCAAAUACACAGACCUGGUUCCAAAGGAAGUUAUGAAUGUGGAUGACCCUGAUCUGCAAAGACCUGAUGAAGAAGCUGUCAGAGAGGUAUUGUGGUCAGUGAUGCACCUAACUAUUGAAGCCACUUGCAUCUCGUCCAAGUGUUUAAUGUAACAUUUCUGAUUGCAGCUUACAGAAAAGACUCGAGCAGCACUGGAAAAGUCUGUCUCCCAGAAAAUUGCAGCAGCCAUGCCAGUCCGAGCAGCUGAUAAACUAGCUCCAGCUCAAUACAUUCGGUACUGGACAAUUUUUGGAUUGUUGAAAUUUCUUUGCAUGCAAAGUUUAAUGUAAGGCCUUUUUUGUGAGUGUGAAACAUAACCAUUAUCUCAGGCCACAAGCAGUUACAUGAGUGUUAAGAAAUUAUUGCUGUUUAAUGAAAUGUGAUAUUAGUCCUGUUACAGAGAACGUGAUGUAUUUAGCUAUGCAUAGGAAACUGUGUGGCUAUGUGUUCUCUUCUUGGUUUGUUUCUGAUAAUGAACUUUCUUGCAAUAAAUAUAUGAUGGUUUUUGUGGCCCAUAAAUGGUGAAUAGCACAAUGAGGGCUGUGAAGCUACCUUCAAAUAUAUAGGUCUGAAAUACAGGGUAUCCAGUUGGAAAGAUUUUUACUAUCCUACCAGUAAAAUUGGAUAGGAAUUAGAACAUCGGGCUCUGCUGUGUGAUUGAAACAGAGCUCUGUAGUUCAGUGUGUGCUCAGUUUGAAAGAACAGUGACACAUCAUUUACUUCUGCACUUCUACUCAAGUGUGUAUGCUUGGCAAUCCAAUGUCUGUGAGCAAAACUAAAAUUCUGGCAAAGUAAAUAAGAAGCUCAUUAGAGGCUCUGUACUGAUAACUGAAUUUCUUCCUUGUUUUUUCAGAUACACACCAUCACAGCAAGGUGUGGCCUUCAACUCUGGUGCAAAACAGAGAGUUAUUAGAAUGGUGGAGAUGCAAAAAGACCCCAUGGAGCCACCAAGAUUCAAGUAAGAAUCAGAAAUGUACAGCUAUUGUGCCAUAGAGGGUCCAGGGACGGAGAUUGGCAUACUAAGGUUACUAUUAUUUUUCAACUCAUUAGGAUUAACAAGAAAAUUCCUCGUGGACCACCAUCACCUCCAGCUCCUGUAAUGCACUCUCCCAGCAGAAAGGUAAUGGACAACCGUGACAACUCUUAUGUAACAUUUUUAAACAUCUGAUGCAUAAAGUAUGGAGGAUUCAAGUGUGCGUAUCAACAGACAAUCCGUUGGGGGCCAUUGGGCAGGAACUGUUUUUCUCCAGCCUCAGGGAAGUUAACAAGCUAUCCCAGCAUUAGACAUGAUGGAGAGUGGAAAGGACAUGGAUUACAAUAAAAUGUAAUUUUGAGGUGUCAGUUUAGACAGUUUAAAAAAUGGAUGGAUGUAAGUUCUUCUAAGUAUCUGUAUUGGUACCACUGCUUUUUAACUUGUUGAUAAAUGGACUCGAGUUGGGAGCAAGCAGUGUGGUGGCCAAGUUGAGAUUGACACCAAAUUAUUCAGUUUGGUGAAAGCCAAGAUUGUGAAGAGCUCCAAAAGAAUCUCUACAAACUAGGUGAAUAUACAAAAGAAUAGCAAAAGUGGUUUAAUGGAAAUUGAGGGGAAAGAUCCUAAUUUCACAUAUUACGCCAAGGAGAUCUGAGAGCAGUGACUAACCAGAAAAGAAAUAUCAGGUUUGUGGUGGAGAGCUCAGUGAAACAGCUACUUGCUCCGCAGCAGCUGUGAAAAAGAUAAAUUCCAUUUUAGGAAACCUUAGGACAUCUCAGUCAAAAAUAUAAUUGCUGUUACUGUAAUGCCUGCAACCACAAUUGGAAUAUUGUGUGUAGUUAUGUUUGUCAUAUCAGAAAAAUGAUAUUGAAAUCCUGAAAAUAGGUGCAUAAAGGGACAACUGAAAGGAUCAGAGGCUGCAGCAGCUCCCCUGCAAGGAAGAGUACAGUGUCUGGGGAUUCAUAGUUUAUAAAAAAUGUAAGCAAGGGGAAAUAAGUUUCAGGGCCAUAAAAUUAUGCACAGCAUGAAAGUUUUUUUGUCUCCUUGUCUCAUAAUGCUAGAAGCCAGGGUCAUUCAAUAAAGCUAGUCACUCUGAGAAACAGGUUGUUGGGCUAGAUGGAUCUUUGACCUGAGCUAGAAUCAUGGAAUUGUAGAGUUGGAAGGGACCACAAGGGUCAUCUAGUCUAACCCCUGCAGUGCAGGGAUCUUUUGCCCAAUGUGGGGUGCGAAUCCACAACCCUGAGAUUAAAGAGUCAUGUUCUACCAAGUGAGCUAUGUUCCUCCUGGUUAGAUUGUCUAGUGACGUUCCAGAUUUUUUGUUUUUCUUUUCCCUAUAGCUUGUGGCUAGACUUGCUUGCUUGAGAAGUCUGGAGCCAUCUAUUCCAUAGGCACUUUGGCAUGGUAAACCUUGUUCAUUCAUUCCUGAUAGCUACUUGAGCAAUGUGGCAAUGUUUGUAAAAGCCAUGAAUGUUCUUUGGGCUACUAUUUGUUGAAGAAACUUUCACUGCUACCAAUGAGGAUUAUGUGAAUUAAACUCAUUGGAUAUAGAUGUAAGUUCCCAUUUUGGGGAAUUGGACUGGAUAAACUGACCUAGGUCUUCCCAAAAAGUUUGGUAUCUGAGGUUUAAACAUUCAGCUACUGUUGCCAGAAUUGCUGAUAGCUUCUCUUUUAGUUUUAGCUUUCCAGGAGAUGCAGCUUGAAUGAACAUGACAAUUGCUGGGGGGAAAACAUUUCACUGUGUUUUGUUGACACUUCCUAUUUGACGGUUCAUGGCUACUCAGCUACUGUGUUUCAGAAUGGGAAUGAAUCCCCGCCUCUCAUUGGUAAAAAGGGGGAAAAAUCUAAAAUCUCUUUACCUCUUCUCUGUUCAGAUGACCGUGAAGGAGCAACAAGAAUGGAAAAUUCCUCCUUGCAUUUCAAACUGGAAAAAUGCUAAGGUAAUUAACUUGUCAUAACGUCAAACUGUAAUGUUGCAUCCUGCUGGGGAAACUCCUCAAAAAAUGAUCUGCAGUCUGAAUGAUACUUUAAAGCAUCCAGAGCUGAGUAAACCAGCUGUGUUCAGAAAGGAGGUUGCAGUGAUAUGGCUUGACUCUUCUCUGCCUUUUAUCUUAAAACUGCCAAGAUGACAAGGGCAAAGAACAUGCUAGAUAGUAAAUUGCUGUUUUGCAGUGAUCAACUGUGGUUAGGCAAAGGAAAGUAUUUAAAAUUCCCUCAUACUGCUGUUUGCAGGGUAUGAAACCAAUUUGCCCUGAUGCUCUCAAGCCUUUACCAAAAAAAGAUAUAUUCUUGCAGCAGCAUCUAUUUAUCCAAGUCAUUGGAAGUGUUGGACUUGAAUCAGAAAGAAUUAGAUUCAAAUUCCCACUUAGUCAUUAACCCUAUAUGAUUACCGUGGGCCAGUUGUGUACACUCAAGCUAACAUACUUCACAGGACUGUUGCUAUAGACUGGGGUAAUCAUAUAUACACAGUGGAGAAGCAGCAGGAUACAAAUGGGAGGAAUUACGUAUAUAAAAUUAUUUACUGGUUCACAUUUAUGGUAUUUAUGGUAACUAGCUUCUGUUGCAGUCAGUGUGUAUAUGUACCACCUUCUCUGUCUACCAACUAAGGUCUAUGAUGUUGCUAGAGAAAGCUUGUGCCACAAUAAAUUGGUUAUUCUUCAAUUGCCUCAGCUGCCUUUGUGUCUCUCCUAUACGCUGAGCUAUUUUUCUCUUUUGCAAAGGCCCUUUGUUGUCCUAUUCAGAGAACAAUGACAUUGACAGUUCAGUGCUUGCAGGAAGAGGGAGUAGUGAUGAAUUCCUGUGGUGUUUAGGAUAAUCCUCCUUGUUAUUAAAACUUCUGUGGCAGGUCUUACUAAGAGAAUAUCACAUUGAGGCCACUGAAUAUGCCAUUGGUGCAGGGGUUUCUUUGAUUCUUUUAAUAAAACUUUAGUUUCUAGAAACAUGAUUUAUUUUCCCAGCAACUUAAACAUGGUUGGUGCUACUUUGGUGCUACUUUUAUUUGGAAUGUUAUUCCCAUUGUUAAAUAAACGUGCUCAGGAUUGCAGCUUCAGUCAGAUACUUGGUGGUGGUGGUACGAAUCACUUCUGCUUUUGUUGGGAUUCUUCAGUAUACAACAAAUAGUGAAAAGGGAAAAUGUGUUGCAUAGAUAGAAUCAAGGAAGUUUUAAAGACCAUUUUAAAUCUUGAAACUGAGGGAAUUGUAUUACUUCAACUAAUGCCAUAAACAGGGGCUUGGUGUAUGGAGGAUUACAAAAGUAAAAACCAAACAAUGCAACUACUUGCACCUAGAGCAAAUGAACUGCCCUCAGACCUUCGGGUAUAGGGCGGUAUAGAAAUUAAUUAAUUAAUUGAUUAAUAUUGAAUUACAAGUAAGGAUUUAGGGCAGCUUCUUGGCAUGCCAUGUCUUUUCCUUCAUGAUCAACUGUCUUGUCUGUUUUUCCUCCAGGGUUACACCAUUCCAUUAGACAAGCGUCUGGCUGCGGAUGGCAGAGGACUGCAGACUGUCCACAUUAAUGAAAACUUUGCCAAGUUGGCUGAGGCUCUCUACAUUGCUGACAGGAAGGUCAGGCUAUAGUUGCUUCUCUGCAGUGCAUCUUUCUGAGUAAUUUCUUUCCACAGAAUAGAUUUGAGCAGCAUUGCAACUUUUAGCCGGUUGCUUGGAAAUGGCUUUGGGUCAUUAGUGUGGCAUGGCUUCUACACUGUUCUUCUAGCCCUCGUCUAGUUUCUUGAUCAGCCCAAAGCAGCUGGCUGUUUCCAGUUCUGGACUGUACAUCCUGUUUUAUAUUACCACUCAAAAGCAUAAAAACUAGGUCUUCUUGUUCUCUCCUUACCAUCUGGCUGUGCUCUGAAUCUUGUGCAGGCUCGUGAGGCUGUGGAGAUGCGAGCCCAGGUGGAGCGGAAGAUGGCCCAGAAGGAAAAAGAGAAGCAUGAGGAGAAACUCCGGGAAAUGGCCCAGAAGGCCAGGGAGCGAAGGGCAGGGAUCAAAACCCAUGUGGAGAAAGGUAUAUCCCAUCCUCCUGCGGUUUUCACAAAAUAUUCCAAAGAGGGUUCUGCACAUGACAAGUGUACUGACCUUAACAGGAAGACUGCACUAUAUGCAGUUACAGAAGGGUGGCUUCAUUCUGGAGGCCUCUACAUGCAUAGUGUUUCUCAUGCAAAAAGAAUGCAGCUCAUUUCUAUGCAUGUUUAUGUGGAAGUAAGUUCUCCUUUGUUAAGUGGCGUUCACUUCCAAGUAGGUGUGCAUAGAAUUGUAGUUUAAGUGGCUUCUUGUUAAUGGCAUGUAACUUUUAGAUGAAAACUGGGGAAAGCACUAAAGUUGUUGGGCCAGGAAAAAAAAAAAGUAUUUCGUGAACAAGUGUAGAAAUGUUAGGAGACCCUUCAACUUCUGAGUACUUAGUCCACCAUCCACUGUGUUCUUCAUAGCUGCAAGUUCAGCUUCCACUAUGUUGCUGUUAACUCACAUAAGAGAUGGCUGCAUGUAAUUUUGAAUUUCAAAUGUAUCUGUGCAGAGGAUGGAGAAGCUAGAGAACGCGAUGAAAUCAGACAUGACAGACGAAAAGAGAGACAGCACGACCGGAAUCUUUCCAGAGCAGCCCCUGACAAAAGGUAAAGUUGUUCAGCUAAUAAUAACUGGGCAGUAUACUACUUGAUCAAGGUAAAUGUAAAACGUUUGAUUCUAACCUAACAAAUUAGUAUUCGUUUGGUUGUUCUUUUGUAUUAAGUUACUGUUUAUAUAAAAUUUAUAUACCACUUCAUUGGAAAAAACCUCAAAGCAAUUUACAAGAUUUGGAAAUGUACAUACCUGUAGUGAAGUGAUUUCUGGUGUGCUAUGGUACACUAUUAUGUUAAAAGGAGUAGUAUGUGUUGAUUUUUGUGCUUCUAUGUAUUAAGUUCUUGUGUAUUCUUCUGCAUAGCAUUAGUUGAGGCUCUGUAUAGGACUAGUUCCUUAGUUUCUCUCUAUCAGUCCCAAAGGAGGGACCAAGGAUGUAUUAUGAUGGGAUCUGCAUCUGAUGGGAACGAGAUUCAGGUAGGUAGCCGUGUUGGUCUGAUGCACUUGAAAUAUAUUUUUUUAAAAUUAAAAAAUUGUCCAGUAGCACCUUAGAGACCAAGAACAAACUUAGUUGGUCUCUAAGAUGCUACUGAACAAUUUUUAUUUUUUUUAAAAUAUAUUUUGAUGGGAACAAGUUAACUUUGAGGAUUAGCAUGGAGAAUAUUAAACAGACAAUCUAUGGCUUUUUAAAAUGUGGGGAGGGGUUAUGGUUUUGUUUAUUAUUAACAUAUUUAUUGUUGCUUUUAUACUGUAAACCACACAGUAAUCCUUGGAGGAAGAGAGGUAUAUAAAUUUAAUAAAUAAUAAUACCACCAUGAUCUUGCUUUUGAUGGUCAGACACUGUAGAAUGCCAUAUUUACCCUUAGGCAAGAAUGAUGCUUGGAUAAAGGCUUGAAUGUGGCAGGUCCUCCUGUGGCCAUCAUGUAGAUUUCCCCCCACCUAGUUUACUCUUAGGCUGCACACUUUGUGCCAGCCGGACUAGCUGUCUAUUGUAUUUUGAGAGCCAUCUCUUUGCAGGGUGGAUUGAUUUUUAAAUCACCCAGAAAAAAAAUUAAUGGAUUAAAUUUGCAUCUGAAGAUUUAAAUUGUUUCAAAUCAUCUCCCUUGUUUUAAUUUAUGCACUUCCUGAGCAAGCAUACAUGUGAACUAGCUGCUAGAAUAAUUAACACACAAUUAAUUGUGUUAAGUAGCAAUUAAUAAGAACCUUUAUACAAUAUAUUCCACAACUUCUAUGCAGCCCAGUUCUUUUGCGCAACAGAAUUAUACCUGCUUUGGAGACAAGGGGAACAGUUUAAUUUUACAGUUUGUUUCUUUUUGGCCCUUUCAGUAUUACCUGUAUUACCUUUCUGUAUUCUGUAUUACAAGAAAGAUAACUUCCUUGAAGUUGAAUACCAGAAUCCAAAGAUGCUUAAAACAUGUUACUAACGACCUAAGAGGUUCUGAAAGAGCACUCCCCUUGCUGUUGCCCAGGCUUGUAUGGCAGGCUAUUUUUUGAAGUUGAGAGUUUCAAAAACAGUUUGUCAUGGUGUGAAGUUAGCUUUAUGAAGAUGGAAAAAUGCAAAGGAACCACUGGGUAGUUCAAAUGUCAUUCAUGACUAAGUUAUUCCUGUGUUCAAGCAAAUCAGCACUGCUUCCUCAAAGUAUGUCUAGCGCCCCCCGCAAAACUCUUAAGUCUGACUUCCAACAUCUUUAUUCUGAAUAGGCAAACUCCUCACAUGGAAGUUUUAAUUGUUGAUAUUUUUGCAACAUAACCAGUAUACAAUGUUGUUAACUCAGGUCGAAGUUGCAAAGGAAUGAGAACAGAGAUAUUAGUGAAGUCAUUGCCUUGGGUGUUCCUAACCCUCGGACAUCCAGUGAGAUCCAGUAUGACCAAAGGCUCUUCAACCAGAGUAAGGUAAGUAAUGCCUUCCAUUGCUGUGGAAAGUUAUCACGUUUGAAGGAGACAAUUGCCAUGUGUAUGGCCAGAUGUACAGCAUUAAAAAGAUAUAUACGUCAUAAAAUAAAAAUACCCUAAGCUGCCAGGCAUCCCCAAACUGUGGCCCUCCACAUGUUUUGGCCUACAACUCCCAUGAUCUCUAGCUAACAGGACCAGUGGUCAGGGAUGAAGGGAAUUGUAGUCUAAAACAUCUGGAGGGCCAAAGGUUGGGGAUGCCUGCCCUAAGCUAUGACAUGUCAGCCAAUAGAUUGAACAAGCCAUAUUUUAUCUGCUUGUUUUCCAAAUAGCUCACUGUGUAGUAGAUCUGAAAACAGUUAUUUGAGCCUAUGUUCCUAAUUUUCAGCAAUUCUAAUUUUAAGUACUCAGAUGACAACAACUAGGAACCUGUAACUAGUGUGUGUUGCAGGUUAUACAUUUGUUGUAGAAAAUAUUAGGCUGGUGGGGAGUGGGUAGGAAAGGAAUUGGACUCUGAAGACACAUGUCCUCAAGAUUAUUUUUGUAAUGAAGGAGCAGCUACCAAGCACUCUGUACUGUUGAGUUCCAGACCAAGAGAGGCCACAGGAAAGGGCCUAUUAAAGCAAGCACCACGUCCCAGAAUGGGAUAGCCCUAUCCUAGAACACAUUGAGUGAAGGAAAGCAAACUCAGUACUUCCUCCAGACAAUACAAUUAAACAGCUUCAUUUUCUCAACAGCACUAGAUUCUAACACCAACCUGUGCCUUUCAGUUGUUAGGAAUUCAACAUGUAAAUUAGGGGUGGGUAACUUUUGGCCCUCAGGAAAAUUUUAUGCAGUACUGAUUUUAAAAACCAUCUGCAAGUGAUCAGUUCAAACCUCUGGCAUACAAUAAUCUGCCCACCCCCACAACCUGCUAGGAUGAGGAGGCGGCAGCAGAAAGAGAUGAAGAGUCCCCGCCUUUGACUCUUCAUCAUGUGCCUCCUACCAAAUUACCCCUAAAGUAGGUAAUGUGGCCCUCAACAGGAAAAAUGGGUGCCCACUCCAGUAUAAUGUAAUACAAAAGAAGACACCUCUAAAUAGAACUUAAUAUAAUACCAAAGCCCCUCAAUGAGCAGUGGUUAGAAAACUAUGGGUAGGUUAAUAGUAAAAUGCAUUGCACUGUCCUGCAAUAUCGCCUUCUUUAUGGGUAAAUCUAGCAUUCACUAUAAUAGUGUUUCAAAGCAUGCAGCACUUCUGUUUAGUGGAGAAGAGUGCCCUCUGACACCACUGUGGUUGGAGGCUAAACCUGAACCUGGUAUCCCAAGCCAUUGAGAACCAAGUUUCUCCUUUCAUCUGAAUAGUUCUAUCCUUUUCUCUUACACUAGUAUGCAACAAAGUUGGGACUUGUUGGUUUUUUGGGUAAUUUCUGUUCUCCCAGAGAAUGCUGUAUUCUGACUCUGAAUAGCAAUCUACCUAAUGCAGUGAGGUAGGUUUUCAGAGUAGUAUUGAUGACUUCUAAGGGAACCUGUUUUUGGACAUUGUGCUUGUUAGUAUCCAACUAAUAUAGAUGGUUUUGGUGUUCUGCUAGGGUAUGGACAGUGGCUUUGCUGGAGGAGAAGAUGAAAUUUACAAUGUCUAUGACCAGCCCUGGAGAAGUGGUAAAGACAUGGCCCAGAACAUCUACAGACCUAGUAAAAAUGUGGAUAAGGACGUGUAUGGUGAUGAUUUGGAGGCACGAAUAAAAACUACUAACAGGUAUGGAAAUUUCAAGUAUUUCCAAUUGUAUUUUUACUACUAGAACACUCGAUUUACUACUUUCUUUUGGUCUUGCAGGUUUGUUCCUGAUAAGGAAUUUUCUGGCUCAGACCGCAGGCAAAGAGGUCGAGAAGGACCAGUUCAGUUUGAGGAGGAUCCUUUCGGUCUAGACAAAUUCUUGGAGGAAGCCAAACAGCAUGGGGGCUCAAAAAGGCCUUCUGAUAGUAGCCGUCCUAAAGAACAUGAGCAUGAAGGCAAGAAGAGAAGGAAAGAGUAAGGAAUUGGUUUCAAGCAUUUUAAACAAGACUGCAGGGGAUUGUCUAAACCACCUGACAGUUCCUGUAUAGUGGAUAUAGGCACCCAGCUAAAGGGACACUUUUGCCCAAGGAACAGAGGAAGUAAGGAAAAACUGGACCACUGAAUUAUAGGUUUUGUGUUUGGGGCUCUAGCUUUGUGCUGCCCCUUUGUUUUUACACAGGUGGAGCUCUGUUCUCUUAAGGUCAGAAUAAGCUGCCUGGUGUAUAUGGAGUUCUUAGUUAAAGCUGCUUAUUCCAUCUGAUAAUACCCCCUUGUACAUAGUUUGCCCUGCUUCUGCUGUAACGUAUGUGAGAGGGGGAAGAAAGUGUAUUGUGGUUCAUUUGCUCUGCUGUGAUUGUAUAGUUCAUUCAUCUUAAGCUUAUGAGAAACAGCUGGAUUCAUUUAACUGAGAUGAAUACAUAUCCAAGUUUAUUUUAGUUUCUUUAUACAGCAGUGAAAUAAAGUCUCCUUCCUUUAACUGAUGUCAGCAGUUCUUCUGUUUGAAAAGUGGCCUUUGCUUUUCUGACGUUUCACAUCAAGCUGAAAGAUUGAACAAACACAAUUGCUAGUAAGGCAGUAGAAGAAACAAUCUUAAUAUCCAUAUCAAUGUUGAUAUACUUAAUAUAUUCAUUUUUUAGGUGAUGUUCCACAUAAGUUGAAACCACUCUUCAUAAAACAUUUGUGUAAAUUUCUAUGAAUCAAGGCCUGUUUUGAACCCCUAAUGAAAUACGUUUUUGGCUGAAAGAAAUACCAGAUCAGCUUAUUAAUUAAAAUUACCUAGGAUUACAACAAUGUGUGUUUCAGAUACAGCUUCAUAAAUGGCUUUCAACAUUUAAUUAUGCCAACUUUCAACUGUAAAUCACUGACUAAUGAUCAACCAACUUUCCUUUAUUCAAUAUACCCCAUUUCACAUUUAGAACUUUAAACAUUAUAGAUUUCCAUAACCUCACACUCCACGAAAUUUUCAAGACUCAUUUUCAUUUGUGAAGUAAAUGUCUGUGAAAAGACUGUUAGACUGAACUUAUUUCAGGUAUGAAUUGAACUAUGAAGGAUAGAACAUGAGAGCCAUUUUAUUUAUUUCUCUUCUUUCCUGUAAGGACCUGAAAGUGGGGUGCAUAAUUUUCCUCUCCUUCAUCCUUGUAACAAUCCUAUGAGGAGGGUUAGCUGAGAAAAGAAUAAGUGGUACAAGGUCUCUGAAAUGUUCCUUGGCAAGCACGCUUUGCAUUGGGUUCCUUUUAACUGGCACCAAAUGCAAAACCCACUGGAACUGGUUGCACUCAGGAGCUCUUUACGGAAGUUCCCUAGUACAACUGAUCCCUGCUGAAAGUUAGGUUUGCAAAGCAUAUCUUUACAGCCUGGCUUGCGUUGCACCUGAGCUGCAAAGACCCAAGAAGCACACUUAAGAACAUGCCCCUGAGUAUUUCAACUCCAGCCCACCACCUCUGCUGCAGCUGGAAGCGGUAGAGAUAAAAUGUAGCUAUCCGUUGUGAAUAAAUGUUUGUGGAUGACAAUGCUAACUAAGGUGCCUCUCAAGUACCACAACAGAGUACAGUGGUACCUCGGGUUACAUACGCCUCGGGUUACAGACUCUGCUAACCCAGAAAUAGUACUUCAGGUUAAGAACUUUGCUUCAGGAUGAGAACAGGAAUUGCGUCGUGGUGGCAGUGCAGCAGCAGCAGAAGACCCCAUUAGCUAAAGUGGUGCUUCAGGUUAAGAGCUGUUUCAGGUUAAGAACGGACCUCCGGAACAAAUUAAGUACGUAACCAGAGGUACCACUGUAUGUACAAAUCAGCUGUGUCAGUUGUUUUCUCCUUGCCCUGUUCUCUGUGGUCAGCUCGGCUUGGGAAAGUGGUGGGUUGAAGCUUAACACUAGCAUUGCCCCCUACUCAGUGCUGCCUGUAAAGGGGGGGGGGGAUUACUAUAACACAGUAGGAAACAAUUCUCUUCCUCCUCCACGCAAUCAAGCAAUGAGACCGUGUUAGGAGAGCGCAAACUUACCCUCUCCUUGCUCAGACCAUGAUGAUAUAUUACACCCUGUAGAUCAGGAGUGGGUAAAACAAAGACAUGCCACCAAAUGCUGGCUCUCAAGACUCCUCAGUCCACACCUUUCUCUUUUACCAAUCUGGAACAUGUUCUUUAACUGUGGUGCCGCCUCUUGCUUUUCUAUAUGGACAGGUGGAUGGAUAAAGCCUCUGGUUUUGCAAGGCUCUUAGGUAGCCUACUGUAAGUCACAUCCAUUGCUCUGCCCACUUUCUGGACCCCAUCCACCACUGGGGUGUAGGCCUAGAAGGUUGUCCACAAGGGAUUAUGCCCCUUGGACUGAAAACUAUUCACUCCCCUGCUUAUAAAUCUGUUGUAUUUAUGCAAGUCUCAAGUCACUUAUUAGGUCUGAACUUGUGAAAGGUCUGAAAUGUGCAACAAACAAGCUAACCAGGCCAUUCUCCAUGUUCACCUUUAAAUAUAAAAUAGCAAUUCUCUUCUAGGAUAAGAAAUUCAGUAUGCACAGUACCAUAGCCUCUUACCUUAGCUCCUUCUAGAAUAUGAGUGUCUUUCUGCAAAGUAUUUUUAAGACCUUCUUCUGUAGAAAAUCCAACCCAGCCAAAACCUUUGUGGAAUCCCGUUUCUUUAUCCUAAUCAUCCAAAACAAGUACGUUGAAUUGAUUUAGAUUUGAUGGAUCCUAUGUACUUAAUCAACUACUGCUUAAAUGCUACUUCAGUAUGGACUACAUGUGCCCUUUUCACCUUCAACAGAAACCUGGUGAACAACAGCGUCAUGCAGAAAGCCAUUACCAAUCAUAAAUGUUAAACAACUGGCAAAUUAUAUUCUCUUCCCAGCAGACUAGGAAGUUUCCUAGCCACUUAUUUCACUGGUUUAUGUGGGAUGACAAGAAUGAAUUUGCUGGAAGCUAACUAGUUGCCUCAGGAGUAGCCAAUGUGGUACCCUCCACAUGUUGUUUAAUUCAAACUUCCAUCAACACCAGGCAUCAUGCACAAAGGCGGCCCAUAGUUACUGGGGUGGUGAUCAGGUGGGAUUGCUAUGAGGAAUUAUAACAAAUAUAGAGUAAGCCAUCUGUGUCAGCAAUGAAAGCAUUGCAUUGACUGGGUUUAAACUAUUUUGAUAGGAUUCUUGAUCAAUCCACACCUCUGCAUCCCUGUUCCAUCUCUCUUGCUUCCAAAGUCACGUACACAGCCCAGUUGCUUCGCCAGGCAGGCUCUUGGGCCAUAAAGGUAGUGGGCAAGCUUCUUUGAUGUAGCUUUCUGAUAUGGUAAUCUUAGGAUGUUAAUCUUAGGGCCAGGAAACAGAUCUCACAUGAAGGUGAUAAUGAUUGCUGUCCUCCUGGCCAUCCUCCUUAUCAUGUGUGUGGACUCCUUUGUAGUUCUGUUAAUUAGUUUUGGUGGUUUAACUUGUUCCCACAAGGGUUUGUUGAAAUGCUCAGAGGAAAUCUGAUUGGUUCUUACGAACACUCUGUAAAAAGCUCUUUUGUAAAUAAAACUACCUGGGCCAGGGGCUGCAGACAGACAGAAUAUUAUAUGCACCCUUCCCAGAGUCUUGCUGGUUCAAGUCUCUGUGUCUAUUCUUAUUAAUCAGAGUUCAAUCCUUCCUUUACUUUGUGAACGCCUCACUGGGGGGUUGAGAAUUUUCUGGGGGAAACUAAUUUUGGAUAGGCCACUGGGAAUGAGUGGAGUUAUAGCUGAAAUCCUAUAAGCUGGGAGUAAAUCCUCAUUAAAAGAGGACUUACUUGUGAGUAGACAUAUGUGAUUGCACUGUAAAUAUAAAAUUUAAAGGAAAGCAGUUACUCUACAAGUAACAUUUUGUACUUGAUUGCCAGUAUCCAAACACAAAAUACUCAACUUGGAACAUGAUCUAGCCAUAGUUGCAUAAUUAACCCUUCCACUGAAAUCAUUAAGAUUUCAGUACAAAAGUAAUGCAUUCCCAUGAAACGCAAAGUGCUCAUUUUUUGAUGUCCUGUCAUGUUAGCACAGCAAAAGCUGUGUGUGUGUGUCCGUCCCUGUAUCCCUGAUUUAAAUACACAAGCACUGAACGGCACAAGAUAGGAAGCAAUCUAUCGUAAAGUGGGAACUGUAUGCCCUUCAUAUUAAGUGGAUAGUGCAUGCUUUUCUUUAACCCUGAGAUAUCAGCGUCUGAGCACAAGCAGCCCUUAGAUGCAGAUAUCACAGAGGGCAGAAACUAGCUGAAAGUCCAUCUGAAAAUAAAGUUUGUAAAAUGCAUGGGAAGAAAAAGAACCAUUGGUGGCCUCUGCUAAGUGUGUUCAAAUACAGUUCUAAAGGUGCCAGCAGGGAAUACUGCAUUGUCUCAAUCAUUUGAAUUUUUCUUUUAUAAUUUUCAGAUGCAUUUUAAAAUCCAAAUGCAGGUGAUGAUACCAACUGGAUAUUAAUAUUUGUUAGGUGGCUUUGUGCCAGACCUGAAUUUUACUGUUUUAUGUAAAUUGCAAUUGUAUAAAACUAAAACGUGGUGGAGAAGAAAUAUUUUGUUGAGUUUAGGUUCAGUUAACGGCGAUGAUACUCACAAAUGGCACCAAGCAUUUUCUCACAGAGCCAAACUGAGCAAAAUAUUGUUUUACUUCAUCUGCAAAAGAGAGAGAGUUAUUUAUCAAACCAGGUUGUCUUGGGGCGUUUCUGUGCAUGACGACGACGUGGUUUUUAAAUUAGGGCGAGAAUAGUGGAGAUCCUCUUAGGGCUGUACACAUGGAAGAUGGACCGCUGCAAAAGAAUUCAGAGCGCUGCACUAUUGCAGAGGAAAGGCGGUUUCUGUAGGUGCUGCUUGCAUGGCGUCAGCCGAAAUCCCUUCCUCUGUAGCCCUUUAGCCGGGGUACAAAGCCCUCAGCACAAGAAAGAAGGUGGGUUCGACUCACGUCUCGGGCCUCCCAAGCAUCUGAUGCAGGGAUGGAGAAAAGGGCUUAAAACCUCGGGAGCGGGAAGCGCCAGGCACCCACGCUAUAACCCCGGCUAGCCGCCUUUUAAGACGCCAAAGGGGCCGACUUACAGCACCCCUUGGGACUCUCUAAACCCCCUUCCCUCCGCUAACCCCGCACCCCACUCACUUGGCCCCGCCGUCCAAGGCACGCGGGCGACGAAGACCUCGAAGAGCCGCCGGGAAGGACCUGCCGCCGCCAUCUUGAAAGCCAGGAGGAAGUAAG